ACAACAUUCGUGAAAGGCAAGGAAAUUUUAAGCGAACAAAAAGAGGCAAUGAAUCCAAAGGAAGCGAAGGUUUUCUCUCUCGAGGAAGUUUCAUUUCAUGCUGACCAAACCUCCUGCUGGAUAGUAAUAAAAGACGGAGUUUACGAUAUGACUGACUUUGUUGGGGAGGUAUGAAAUGUUAAACUGGUCGAUCUUCGAGUAGCCGCUUCAUCCUACAGAAAAGUUAAUGUUUAGUUAAUAUACAAAAGACGAUCAAUAAUCGCAACGACGAAGCAAACUCAGUUCCUGUGAUUGUAACAAAACAUUCGAGGUUUGAAUUUAAAGUUCCCAGCCUCGUCCCCAGGGAUCGAGAAUAGUCCUAGGUGUUCUCUUAACUGCAUGAUAUUCCCUGUAUAUUCCGUAUAAUGAAAUUGCUGAAAUUGCAGUCAACCCACUCUAAGCUUACAUUUUUAAAGCAUGCUCAAACGGUCCGUCUUUGACAGCUGCCCCCUCCCCCACCCCCAGAGUGUCAAAGAAAGAGACUAACGAAACACUGAGACUGCCCGCUGUAGUUACUGAUAGCACUUUUCACAUCUGUCGCCAAAGUAAAUAGCUUUAGAAGACAUUUUUUUUUUAUAUAUCUUUUUUAGCAUCCUGGUGGAAAAGAAAUCAUGCUAGAACACGCAGGUUAGUCAGACAUUAAGAGCGGUGUAGUGUAAUCCAAUUCAUAUGCACAUGAAAGAACGUCACACGAUUGUUUGGAUAACGCUGGGCUGCAUUGAAGACUUGCUCAGUUCGAGGCCACGGACUCACAGACAGAUAACUUUUCGCGCUAUUUUAUAAAUUAAUGAUCUUCAGGUUUAAAUUUCAUGCAAUAAAACUCAACUUUAAUGAAACAGCGGCGUCUUGUCACGUCAUUCUUUUCAUAGGUUUUAUAAAAAUACAAAUAAGACAAUUCUUGUCAUUCUUUGUUUGACACAAACUACUCCUUUCACUCUAAGAGGGUAGCUUAGCAUCGAUUUAAAUGUUCUCAAAACAUAGUCAGUCUUAACGUCUUAAUGAUGCUGACAGUUUCGAUGAAUGUCAGCCAUCUUUAUCAAAACUUGGAAAACAUUAAGAAACAUUAAGUGUCAGAAGCCUUAAAUAGGCUUCUGAAGGUGUUAAGACUGGCUAUAUUUUGAGAACAUUAAGACUGGCUAUAUGUUUUGGGAACAUUUCAAUCGAUAUUAACUUCACUAGCCUGAUGAAUUUCUUCAAGGGUAGCUCAGCUUUUGGGUCAAAUAGUCCUGGAAGGGUAGCAAAGUAGGUCAAAUAUAAAUAAAUAUGAUUUUGAAUUUCCUCUCGACGGAAAUUUUAUAAAAGUGAACCUAAUUUUUUCAAGUUGCAAUCCAUUCAGUCUUUUCUUCUCCUGCUCUUAAUUCUGGGACUAAUUGAACCCAAUUGUUAACUUCCACUGCCUCACGAAGGACAAACGUCUUUUUACCCUUUCUCAAGGUUUGGAUGCGACCACGGUAUUCCAAGACAUUGGUCACUCAGCAGAAGCCUUAAAGAUUCUCGCAAAAUACUACAUUGGUGAGCUGAGAGAGGUGAGGACGCUUGCAAACACUAUACCUACAUUA